UCGGCGUUGCUGUGUGCAGGUAAAGAGAACCAAGCAACACAAACGAGGUAACGUACAGUAUUUGUCCUACCUUACGAGACAACGAAACGCUAUGGCCAAACACUGUUCUGUUGACGAGCAACACGUUUAUGUCACACGAACGAAGAAUUGAACCCACGAGUGGCAAAAUAAAAGCGUGCAACACCUUGGAAAGAAAAUAUCGCGUCAACGUUUGGUUGGGGGCACUUUUUUUUUUUUUUUUACAAGGCACUUCGACAGCUGCGUGUUUUCAAACAAGCCAUAACAAAGAAUGAAAUCCUUCAAACGAGUUCUGGAAGAGGAGCGGAUGCGAGCGCAGGAGCUGUCAGCCAUGUCUGACAGUGACCCCUUUGAGGAUGACAGCUCCACCCUUGACCUGUCUGGAGGGGGUGGGGGCUCGGGCAAGAGGCGUCGCCGUGGCAACCUGCCCAAGGUGGCGGUGCAGGUGCUGCGGAGCUGGCUGUACGAGCACCGCUUCAACGCCUACCCCUCAGAGCAGGAGAAACUCAGCUUGUCAGAUCAGACCAGCCUUUCUGUGCUGCAGAUAUGCAACUGGUUCAUCAAUGCCCGCCGCCGCCUCCUCCCCGACCUUCUCCGCAAGGAUGGCAAAGACCCCACCCAGUUCACCAUCUCCAGGCGGGCGGGGAAGGGCGAGGGCAGCCCAACCACUGGAGGAUUCGGCAGUUCCCCUGAAAGCCCAAACUCAGUCCACUCUCCAGCCCUGCCCCCUCUCAGGCCCUCUGUCAUCCGACCAGCCCCCACACUGGACCUCAGCCUCCUGGGAAAUACUGCCACUGCCAUCCUUUUGGGGGCUGGCUACGCCAGCCAAGAGGGCUACUGUGUCCAGGCCCUGAUGCAGCUGGACAUGCAGAGUCUCCUGAGGAGGGAGGCCGAGGAGAAUGGCUCCAAGGUUAUCAGCGCCAGCCCCACUGGCGGGCUAUUCAACACGCCGCCCCCCACGCCUCCGGAGCUGUGCCCCUGCCAGGAUUUCAGUGACCUGAGGUUGCUGGUGGAUGCAGCUCUCCAGAGGGCCGCCGAGCACGAGAGUCAGAGUCUGCUCCCAGAGUACCAGAGCAGGGCCACUGCAGAAGCGACGGGUGGCUGUAGUCACAGCAGCAGUGCUAUGGGUCCGACCACUCCACCAGCGCAGAGCCAAGCUACGUUUGACUCGCCCAGAGAGCAGAGUCCUGCGAACAAGGCGGUGGUGUCCCCAGAUUCAGUCCUAAUCCAUGUCCCAGUCUGUUCUGCACCUAAACUUGCCAUGGCCUCUGUACCGGCUCCAAAUGUGCCUCCCCGCCAAGCCCAAAUGCCAGUCAUGGUGCCAGUUUCAACCCCCUUUCCAACCGUUGUCCCAGCUUCAACUCCAAUCUCAACCAAACCCCUUCUCCCAAUCCCCGGUGCAAACCUUUGCCCAACCUCAGUCCCAGCUCCAAGCUCUACCCAGGUCCCAACCCUAACCUCUGUCCUAACCCCGGCCCAACCUUUAGCCCCAGCACCACCAGCCCUCAACCCAUUCCUGGGCCUGGCCUCCCUCCAGCCCUUGUCCUCCUCCAUCCCCAACAGCAGUGUCCAGAGGGCCCAGUCGGUGCCCAGUGUUUGGAGUGUGGUCCACAGUGAUGUUACAGUCCGACAGCCUGUCCCCGUGGCUCAGACUCCCAUGGCCGCCGUGUGGGGGCCACAGCACACCUUGCGCACUGUCAGUGAAACCGUCAACUAGAGCCACGGCCACUCCCUUGUCUGUGUGUAUGUGAGGGAGCCCCGUAUCCCUACUCAGACUGCCCCUACCUGUGUGUACGUUCCCUUCAUCGACCCCUCUGACACUAUGCUCUGCAGUUUGGAUAUGGCAGAACUCAUGCAUACGGUUCAGACGCUGGGAAGGAUACGAGGGGUGGAAAGACAAUUGUUUUUAAAGAUUGCCCCUACCUGUGUGUACGUUCCCUUCAUCGGCCCCUCUGACACUAUGCUCUGCAGUUUGGAUAUGGCAGAACUCAUGCAUACGGUUCAUACAUCAGACGCUGGGAAGGAUAUGAGGGAUGGAAAGACAAUUGUUUUUAAAGAUGGUGCUUUUUUAAGCGUUUUUAUCAGGACUUAUCCAAUGCAGACUGUUGCUGGGUGGAACCUUUCAAUGUGGUUUUUCAAUCAACAUUUCAGAUAUAGGUUCAACGUUGCGACGGUUGACAUAAGAACGACGACACCAAGUUCCAUGAUGUAGUUUUUAACUCCCUUUUCCACUAUCUCAACUAUUUCCAAAAGGGGUCAAGGAGGAUAUUUCCUUCCCCUGUGAUGUUUUUUUAUUUUUUUAAACAGUGAAGUUGCACCAGUAGAGCUAGGCUUCUCUGUAGCAAUACUGGACUUGAAUGUAUUAAGGUUACUUUUAUCUCUGGCAGUCUAGCCUGUCAAUCAUUCCCACCAAGGUUAAACAAGGGUGGACCUGGGGCUGAGAAGUGUGUUUCAAGCCCUGGUGUUGCGCUCCUCCAGUACAGUUUAUGCACUUUAGAUAUUUUCAUGUCCACAUCUUCACGCAGUGCCGGAAGACAGGCGGAAGGGGAAAUUGAUUGUAUUGCAGUGUGCCUGACUGCACAGCUCCAAUGUCUGUCCCCUCUCUCCUUGCCUUAAUUAAAGCUACUGUAAAAAAGUGGCCACCAUGGAUUCUACGUUUGAGACACUAAAUCAUCAGUUGCAAAGAAUAUGAACUUUAAAAAAAAUAAUAAACUUUUUUAAAUGUUCAUUUUAAACCUGUUUCCAAAAUAGUAUCUUAGUAGGUAAAUGUUUUUGUGUGAAAACACACUAGGAAUGAUAUUAUUUUUUUGGUCUGUUACUUUCUGCGCUAUCUUUAUGCAUCAUGUACAAUUUCCAGGGAUGUAUUGUUUUUAUUGUGGGUGUGAAGUAGGUGGAAUUCCUGUCUGUUUGAGAGCAAUGGGGUGGGUGGUCCCAUUAUAGAAAUCGAUUUUGUGGCGAUUUUAAAGGCUUAGUUUGGUGACGCCUACAGGCCGUCUCCUCAUUCUUAUGGGUAAUGUAACACUUGCUAUAAGUGUCCUAUUAUGCCAUAGUCUUUUAUGGAUGAAGCUUGUCACAAACAUUUCAAGCUUUUGGGCCCUCCUGUUUGGAGAGGGAUUGACCCAAGUAGUGAAUCAUUGGCGGCCUAAGAUUUGGUCCUUGUGUUGCAAACAAAUAUAUCUUAAUUGAAACGCCUGUUGUUCGCUUGGAUGACAAUCUGGUCAGUGUUGUAUUGAAGUAGUUGAUUUUAAUGUUGAGUAAGUUAUUGAAGCAAACUGUCUGACUUCCUUUCACUCUCUCUUUUCCCUCUUUUUUUAGCGAAGCAUUCCCUCUCGUUAGACUAUUUUACUAUUUCUUAUAUGGUUGUAGUUUCCAUGAAACAAUCUCUCAUACUGCAUGUUAUGGCCAAAUCGACGCCGCACAAAGUUAGUUGGGGCCCUACUACGUAAACAGUGCUGCUGCAAAGUAAUUUUCUUCUGUCCAUGGGUCAGUUCAAAUGGGACGGGCUUAGUCUUUAAUAUCUGUUACCGGUGCCAUACAUGUAAUGACCCUGGUGGUGAUUUGUUUUUUUGUUGUUUUACAGCUAGAUGCAUGAGAAGAGCAGAUAUGGAAUUCUGUGUUAUAUACCUAGAUUUGUGACUAGCACAAAUCCCCAUUCCUUCACUUCCUCUUUUCUGCUCUUUCGUGAGGCUUAAUGUCAGCACCAUUUCCUGAAUUGUCUAGAAUGUCAGUGGGGAAGGGUAGAUCCUCUGCUAACAGAGAUAUGCUAAAAGAGUCACCUCUUUCUCACACACUUUGGGUCGACUGUAGGGUUCGGUCAGACUUGAGUCUGAAAACUAAGCAAAGAAUGUUAACUAUUUUAACAGGUUUUGAAUAUAGAUGCAGUACAAUAAAGCGGGUAUGUGGUUUAUUCAUUACUACACUUCUACGUUACUACAUAUUACUCAUUGUGAUACUGGAAUCGGCUGGAUACUGAACAUUAUUUAGAAAGGCUAUUUUAUAUAUACAUCAGGUUUUGGAUGCAGAAUGAAACUUGAGUCGUAGAUGCCAAUGUCACGGUGGGGACGGGGCCAUGAACUGUCUCAAAUGUGUAGCAUCUCAAUACGACCAAAUGCAUCCUAAAUGUUUUUCCAUUUCACUGUGAAAUCAUGGCUGAUGUGUGGGACAGUAUAACUGGCUCUUGUGCCUUAAACCUGGGAUUGAGGGAACAUGCCCCUUCCACAUAGAAACUUUUGAAUAGUCUGUGCAAUAUGCCUUAAACUUUAAAUGUGUUUUGUACAAGCAUUUCAGAGAAUAAAACCUUUUUCAUA